UUUAGUUGUGUAAUAACCAGAUAACAAGAUACACAAGCCAAACUACUACCACUCGUACUACAAACCACAAGAUGUUUAACAAAGUGACAAUAAGACAGCAGCAUCGGCAAAGAUGUUCCACACUAAGUAAGAAGACAAUGAUGACGACAACAACAACAGCAAAGAGGCUGUCAAUGCUUGUGGCAUUUAUGUUAAUAUUAAAUGCCUCGUCUUGGGCGGCUACCUUGGCGGAAAGUGAAAUUAAUGAUUUGAAUAGUAUAGAAACAAAGAAUGAGACUACUGUUGAUUCUACUGCAACUGUCAAACAAACACAACCGGAAACACGUCAAUAUCCCUAUAAUGGUUUUAUGAUGCCAUCAGCACUACCAGUACCAUCUGUACCAUCCUCUCUCUUGCCAGGUUGUCCUUUAUGUGAUUCAUCGGUUUACAGUUAUUGUUCUCAUAAAUUAAUACACGAUUCAUGUUGCUGUGAUUUUCCAGCUAUUACUUACUAUUGGAGUACUUCGGUUUAUCAAAAACCUCCGCAAUGCGCCUACAAUGAUUGUUCAUUGUUGUAUGCCAAAUCUUGUUAUGAACAUUCAUUAAUUAAAAAUUGUUGUUGUAAUAAUCCUUAUUAAAUUCACUAGAACAACAAACACUAUUUUACUAAAUGUUAUUUAUUAUUUUAAAAAUUUCCAUACACAAAAUAUUUCUACGCACAUCCAUGUGAAUGUAUGUAUAUAUUUAAUUAUAGUUAAUUUUAUUAUUUUAAAGAAUGUUUUUUUUUUUUUUGUUUUCAACAUAAGAACUAUUUAAUAGCAUAUAAGAUUAAAUUGAAUUAAAAAAUAUAACAAAUUAAAUUUAAUUAAA